AGUAAAUUCAAUCGGGGCCGUGGGUCUACUCGUAAAAACAAACGGAUCCUCCGAUCCACGGGUCCCGACGCACGAAGCUUGACAAACGAACGGUGGUAGCGCGGGAAUCGGCGGGGAACCGGCAGACCAAGCAGCAAGCAGGCGAGGCAACGCGGGCAGACAUCAACGGUACAAAAGAGAGAUUGGAGAAGCGCACCAUUCCCCGCGGAAUCCACGGAAGAAAGUGCCGGAGCCUAGUAACGUUGACGGUUUUUCUAAUGUUUUUGCACUAAUCGCCACUCUGCGUGUAUUAUAAUAUUUCGACUCCUUCCCCACCCUCUCUUACUGGUUUGACGAAUUAGCACGCGGAUUCCGUUCGUUGGAAGAGUUUAUCUAGGCUUACGUUUUAGGCUUAAGCGCGGAUAGCUCCGAUCAUCCGUACAUGCGUGCUACCGGCUUCUGUAUGAUCUCUACGUUCUGUGCGCACGAUCUUGCGGAAUGAGUAAGCUUGAUACGUAUGUGAUUAAUGAUGAUGACUGAACAGCGUAGCUGCCUGGCAAGGGUGAGACUAUCUAUGAUUGAUUCGCGCUUUAGUGUAACGAACGAUGCACGCGUAGUGUACAUAUGUACGUUAGGGAUACUCGGCGAGGAAGACUCGGGCUAUUUUUUAAGCAUUACAGUCGAACGCACUGAAAUAUUCGACGCGGAAUAGUCUUGUCCACAAUAGUUCACAACCGUCGUAUCAAAGAUCAAGAGUACUUUUGACUAUACUCGCAUCGAUAGUGGAUAUCGAGGAUCAAGUUUGCACUCGACUUGCGAGUUAUUUGUAUUAAGUUAGAAAUCGCGUGCAACUAUAAGACAUAAACCUUUCUCAGCUAUUUGGAAUAAUUGAAAAUGGAACAUUAGCGAUUGAUCGUCUCACGGACGUUGAGAAAGUGAUAAUUUUAUCUCCGUGGGAGAUUAUUUCCAUUUGCAGCACAACUUCUCAACUUCUUUCUUGCUUGCGAGUAGUCUUGAUUUGCUUCGCGAAAUAUCGUCGAUAAUUUUAUCGAUAAAGAAACAAGAAAACCAAUCCUUUUGGGAGACAAGUGGAUCUUCUGAAAGCGCGACUGUUACGACUGUCUGAGAGUGUAUGAAUGUGUCGGAAUGGCUCGCAAGACGCUUAGAGAUCGAUCGCAGCUAUUCGCAUUGUAUAUUACUGUCAAUUUAAACUUUCGUUUAAACUAUCUUUCGGGUGUAACACAUAAGUAGCCUAUAUUAUGUGAGAAUUUUACACUUGGUGUGCAGAUGUGUCAAAAUUACUGAUUGGGUUGUGUGUGAACGUUGGCAUUUGAAUUAAUUUGUUUUCUAUCUCGGUCGAAUGAUUCAAGCGAGAAGAAAUAACGGAAAGAAAGCGAUUUAAAUGUCUUAUAUAUAAUAUAUAUAUAUAUAUAUGUCUGUGUAUAAUGUGCUGCAAGUUUUGAGUGAAUACAUUUUGAUGAGAAGACUCGUAAAGCUGUUUCCUAAUUGAACGAUGACGAGAGAGGUAGCUUUGCUCACAGAGGUUCAGAGUAUUUAUUUUUCAAAAAAAGAGAAAAAAAAGAAGAAGAAAGAGCUAUCGGUAGCACGAACGAUGCAAUUUCACAUCUUCACAAUUGUAGUCAAUAACUUUAACAUAACGGAGUAGUUACGUCGCAAUAAACUUAAACGGUCGCAUCCGUCACUGCGUGCAGUAUCACUGUGUAUGCAUUAAAAAGGAAAAAACAAAAAACAUUAUUUAGAUCGACUAUCUCGAGGAACACUAAUUACCUUAUGAGUAUAUUAAUUGAAAGAAUAAAAUAAUCCUUCUAUAACGAGCUGUACAUGUGCUGUUGUGCUUUUCAUUUACAUCGUAACGACGCGGUAUCUCGCGAAUCUUCCUACCGCGUGGUACCGCUUCAUACGCACACGAUUCUAUUGACACUAAUUCUCUCUCACGCUCUUUCUCUCUUAUUAGCGUUGAUUCUCUACGCUCUACGGAAACGAAAGAAAAAAAAGCACCCUCCAACUUCGAAGACGAAUUAUCGCUCGACGAUUACUAUACCUGUGUGCAUGCAUGCGGUGUUGAAUGUAUCUCUGAUGUUGAUGGUCGUCUCUCUCAGAAACUGCAGGCGUGAAAGUCCACGCGGUGCGCGCGCUCGUCCGCGGCACCGAGAACGCGAGGAGGGUGGAGUUAAUGAGAUGAUUGACGAACAAUGUAAUAAGAGCGGAAAAUUGCGGUGCAAGUCUCAGAUGAGAGUGAGCAAAAGUCGUCUAAUGUGUGUCUGGUAUAUAUAUAUAUAUUUCACACAUUUUGAAGACCGAGAGAACGUUGUUUGUAUACGUAAUUAUGUGUAAAAAGGAAGCUUAAGCUGAAUCUCGCGCAUUCUUGCCGCGUCAUUAAGUCUGUAAAUUGUUAAACCGAUCUACGCGGAGGUUGUAGCGUUUAAGGCAACUUUUAACAGACUAUAGAAUCGUAGCUGGCUCCUGUCGCCGAGGUACGAAUGUUCGUACUUUGAUUCGUACGUUGUUCGAUGUUUGCGAGGGUGUAGGGAAAUAGCUGCAGUUUCUUACAAUACUGAAAAAAAGAGAGUAGAAUAAAGUAGAAUAAAUUAAGAUAUUAUUUAAAUGAGAUGGAUGAUUGUACGUUGGAUGGUAGCUGACCGAUCAGUCCGAACAUUCGUGCGUAAGUCAUCGCGAUUACGGGUCUACGUGGUCUGGCAAUUGGCUCGUGGACGCGUUUUCCUUCCCCCCUUGCCUGAGAAAUGUCAAAAAUGUGCAACAAAGUGUGCAGAGUUGUGUUCCACUAUUGCGUAAAUGAGUCUUUCUGUGUCUGAUAAAAAAAAAAGAAUAAGGAGGAAAUGAUGCAGACGCAAGUGUGAAAGUGAUGUGUAAAGGAGCAGAUGCUACUCCGGCGAUUUGAAAAGAGUGGAUUUCGUUCGACUCUCGUUCGAAUCUAAUUGUCAGUCCACGUGUCUCGGUUUGAGAUUCAGCGGUGCGUAGCGGCACUACCCAACCCCGUGACUUCGUUCAACCGUCGUAGUCCCGUGGAGAUGUUUCGCGCGCGAUGAGAGUGCUCACUGCUCAAAGGAUGCCUUGCAAGAGCGAUCUGGAAACUGGAGUGUAAAUACGCGUAAUCAACAUGAAGCAAUUUUAAAUAAUAUCGCUCAUCGUACACUGAAUUUUAUUGUAACGUUAGCCGCGUCCUGUGCAAAUCGCUCAGAUAUAUACUUGUUGCGCCCUGAGAGGAAGAGAAAGAGAAAGAGAAAGAGAGAGGGAGAGAGAAAAUGAAUCUGCAUGACAGGAGUCCGUGAAACGUGUGUCGUGAAAGACGUGCUGUCGUGUGAGAAUGUUGAUCCCGAUCCGUCAAAUCUCGGCUGUUUGGGGGGAGGUCGGGGGGAGAUGUCGGACCGCAACGAGAGACGGGGAGUCUCUCCGCUCGAGUCUCCUUUUACACUUUUCGGACACAUUUCGAACGUGAAUUUCAAGGAUUUUUCUACACGUUACCCGUUCCACAUGCGAACGUGAUUAAUUGCGAUGCUCGUCCUCCCCCCCGAUUCGAUUUUACCGUGAAACGAAAAACCGAUUUAUCCCUCCGAGUUUCGAUGUGAGCGAUGCACUCGGAUCCUCCGUGUCGUUCUCGUUGAUUGUAGUGUGUAUGUUACAAGAUAUAUGCCGAGAAUAAAAGACCCAAGCACACCGUGGGUGUUACAGAUUCCUUUGUGCAAAGCCCUCAAAAUGCGAACCAGUCACGCGUGUCCUCCGAAUUCGAUCAGAUCAGAUCAGCCUAUGGAAGCUACCAAGCUUUGCGAAGCUUCAGUUUGCUCUGAAACAAAAUUUUAAUUUACUCGACACAACGUUUGUACGAUACAAUCGCGCGACUAUGUACCACUUCGUUGGGAGUCGGAGUUGCGCGUUUUACCGAGAGAGCGACUGGCGUGUCACGAUAAGGAUUGUACAACUGUAAGAGCGAGAGUGGAAGAGAGAAAGGUAAUGAUGACAGAACACCGGUAGCCGGCCUCUUUCGGUGAUGAUGAUGAUGAUGAUGAUUGAAUGAAGACGAUGACUGAGGGGUGAACGUAAGUCUACGGGAGCGUCCGCUGAUCCUCGACGAACAGGUGAUUACGACCAUUAUUUCUCUUGCAUAAUCACGUCACGUCAUCAGCAACCAGGUAGACCGAUCACUCCAGCUUGCCGCGAACUUUCUCGGAGAGACUCGCCUCUACACACAUUUCCGUCGACAAUGUAUCUUUUCUUUUCUUUUUGUUUGUUUUUUUUAAAUCUUCUUAACUCUUUAACUCGUCUCAUCUCUCCGCAUUCGUCUCCAAACACUCUCUUCCCAAGUGAAGCAAGGAAGAAGACUCGCUAAUCGCAAACGGUUCCUCGGUACGUAGCUCUCUUCUCUUUUACAUGCCUCGCGUGUUUCUCUUCUGCAAGACUUUUUUAUUUAUCAGAACCCUGUUUCUCUCAUAGAAAAAGACGAAUAUGGUAGUCCACAGCACAGAGUCAGUCACCCGAGUCAGGACACACCAAAGUCGCAAGGCUGGAACCCUGGAUGAAUAUAUGUGAUGGUUGAUGAUGUCCGUGAACGCGUGUACCUCUUGGAUGGACACGAACGAACGAACAAAUGUUGACAAGUUGAUGCAAGUGGAAAGACCGAAAGCGAAAGAGCGAGCGAGCGCGAGAGAGAAAGAAAGAAAGGUGAAAGGUGAAUCGGAGAGAGAGUAAAAGGGGGAGAGAGAGAGAGCGAGGAGUACAUUUUUGCAGGUGGAUAGAGAAUUGGUGAUGAUGAUGAUGAUGAUGAUGAAAUGGGAUGUACUGCGCCGAGAGAAGUUGCUGGCUGCAAGUGUGGAGGAGCGAGUGCUUUUUUUGAAAGCGUGGGGAAGUUUUUUGCGCUGCGAGAACGCGCGUCAUUACGAUCGACGGCGGUUGACGAUCGCGCUGAAUUGCGCGGUAGAUCAUUCUCUCUCGGGGAUCGACAGACGCGGAUGCAAUUAUCUUCAGACAAACUGCGGAUCUGCGGAGAUUUAGAGAUGCUAGUCGAGAGCGCAUAGAGCACAAAAUCCGGCAUUUAUCGCACAUGUAUUCUACUAUCACAUAGGAGGAAUUCCGACGUGAAGCGAUUGCGAUUGGCCGAAGUAAAAUUCACGUAUAUUUUGUAAGAGGAAUGAUAAUAGCAUUUAAUAAACAUUUCUGUCCCACAAUAAUUUAUAUCACUUCGUUGCCGGUAAAUAUACCCGUUAUAUGCUACAUUAUCUAAUAAACAUUAAAGAAAUAAAUCGCAAAAUUAAAUAUUGCUUCAGUAGAUAAAUUUAAAUGUUACAAUAUACGUCUCUCUUCAGUAAAGUCCAUUUCUGCGCCACGAAUUUUAUUGCUGAUAAAACAGGUUCCUUCAAGGUCGGUAACAGCCUUUCGAUAAUUUCUACUUUACCGAUAACCGACAAUUUUCUCUAUAGAUGUUUUACUUACACACAGUUACUGGUACAAGUUUGCGAGUCAACGGGAAGAGCAUAGGUAGCGCAGGAGAUGAUAAAGAGCGUAAACGUCCUCUCUCUCUCUCUCUCUCUCUCUCACUCUCUCACUUCUCUCUUUUCUCUCUCUCGUUCCUUCCAUCAGGAGGUUUCACUCGGGCGAAGGUGUGUAUUCGUGGUGGUGGUGCGUGGGGUCCGACCGAGUCGUGGUGUGUGCGCCAAGAGUGUCCAUCGAUUAACGGGAACGCGAGAGUAAGAUGCUACGUCGUCCCGCCGUUCGCCGCGCGUCUGGCCGUCCCCUGGUGCUGGCAGCGAGCGCGAACGCGGCCAGAAACGUCAGACGUUAAGACGUUAUGGGAAGAUGGUGAGGCAUCUCGGUACCCACGGCCACUGGGAGCAUGGGUUCGCAAACGCUCGAGAUCCUGAGGCAGGGUGUCUGGGCGAGCCUGACGGGCGGCUGGUUCUAUGAUCCGCACCUCGACGUUUUCUCCAACACCUUCCACCUCUACGUCUGGCUGUUCCUGCUCUGCCUGCCGUUCACGAUCUACCUGUAUUUUCCACCCACGUUGUACGUCUGGCUGGCGUACUGUUCCUCGUUCGUCGUCGUCUUCGGGACGAUCAAGUGCGUGAAUCAUGCGCUGCACUGCGUGUACGACACGACCGAGUGUCUGGAGGAGCCGAAUCAGAACAUCAGUCAGCAGAAGUCCGAGAGCGAGAAGAAACGCGCGGUGCACGGCAAGUCCAGGGAACAGUCGCAGGACCAGACGGGCCAUGGCAUAGAGCUGCAAGUUUUAAACGGUAAGACAGACACACCACCUGUGGAAUGCUCGUCUCGUAACUCGUUUAUCGAGCCGAACAUCCAGAAUGCCGACGCAGACAGCAUAACGUCCGAAUACAAUCGUGAUAAACCAAGCUCGACCAUCGAUCUGAAGGUGGAGAUCCAUAGAAAGAACAGUUCGGAAAGCUCGGAGGAGGCGCAGCAGCUCAGCAAGCCGAUGGUCACCAGCAUAAACGUGCACGAGGCGGAGUUGGUCUCCACACAGUACCACGAGCCGCGUUUUAAAAAUAUCAUAAACGAAUGGAGACUGAAGCGGCAGAAGUGCGUGGUGAUAGCGGAGGAGGAUCGGCCGGGACCCCGUAAACUGUGCCGGCACGCGUCCGAGGAUUCCCGGAAUCGGCAUUCCAAGCAGAGCAACCUCGGUAAAACCGGAUCCGAGAGCCAGAUAAAGCAGACGAGCUCGUUAGAGCUGGAACAUCCGGGUGACGAUUACCCUUAUUGGAAGUCCAAUCAGAGCGUCCGCAGACUCAACUCCAACUCGAUACCGAUGGAGACGCACUUGAUGAACGAUCAUCCGCAGAGUUUGGAGAUCAUAUCGAAGAAGGGAGAUGCGGACAACAACAAAAUCUCAUCUCAUCCACAAUCAUUAGAGGUUAUCACGAAGAAACCGCAUCAGCAACUGGUGCAUCCGCAGAGUCUUGAGGUAAUAGGUGCCACUAGUAAAAAUGUAAGCAGUACCGACGACAAUAAUCUGCCUCUUCAUCCACAGAGUCUUGAAACAAUCAACACUAAAAAGGUCUUACCGCAAAAUACACUGAAGAGGAAUCAGCUGCAGCUCUUACCGUACCUUAGUUACGGAUCCGAGAUAGUGCAUCCGAUAGCGGAACAGAGCGACGAACAAUUUGCCAAUGACAGCUCAGGCGGAUUCAGUCUGCGUGACUCUUACAGUCCGUUGCUCACGCGGAAAAACAUGGGCGACGCGAACGCCGCGUCUAAUCGGGACAGAAGUCUCAGCGCUGGUAGAUUUGAGGAUAGAUUCUCGAGGUUCAACGACGACAAUGGAAUAGAUAACAACUCGGCGAACUCUCGAGACGCUCUGCUCGAGGAGCCGAAGCCCUGCAUGAACAGGAGGUACAGCAAUGCCAGCCAGAGCAGCCACGAGUUCUCGGACGGUGAGAAGAGCAAGGACAAGCGGCAGGACAAGUCGAAGAACACGGAGGAUCCGCUCAACUCGGGCAGCAUAGUCGGUAUCGACUGGCUGUUCGAGAAUGGGGACUGUUCGGUGGAGCCGUGGACGAGUAAGAUAUUUUGGACAUUCACUCGCUCUGAUGAUACGGAUACGUCAGAAAGCCUACAGACGGCUAGUACAGAUUAUCUUCACACGAAGGAGCCCGACUCGGGAUCGUCUAGUACAACGACUCUCAGCAUCGAGAACGAGGUGAAGCGCAAGCUGUUGCCGCAACUGGAAGUGGACAACAGCACGAAGCGCCACCAGGGAGCGAUACCCAAGCAGAGCCGUCCAAAACCCGCCGCGUCCGAGGCCGUGGACGACAACGCGGCGUCGAGUAGCGUCGAGCAGCAACCGCGGGAGAAUCUCAAGCGUUACCUCGAAGUGCGACGGGAGAAAGCGAAGCGACGAGGCGGCAAGUUCGAGCAGACCAGCGGGUCUAACAACGAAUUGAGCACGUUGCUGCCGAGCCCAGCGCCGCCGCUACUGGCCGCGUUGCUGAACAACUCUGGCCGGGACUUGCCGGGUCAGUCGACCACCGCGUCGUCCGACGCGCGAUUGAGCCGCAGCUCCGAGAAUCGGAACUCUCGGAGCAGAUACGGACGACUGAAGCGAUCCAACAGGACGUAUCGCGGCAAUCCGCGGAACCUCGCUACCAAUCGCGACGACAACGUUGUGCCACUCACGGCAUUGUUCGGCCUGAUCUCGAGCGGAGAGUGUCACUUGGCCACCAAUCAGAACGACACGUCGGAGGGCGCGGUGCACUACUUUCGCGACGACAACGGUCGCUGGCUGGCUUACACGUUUGACGAGAAGGGCUCGGAUAUGGCCGCCGCCGCCGCGUCCGUCGCAGCGGCGGCGCAGAUGCCCACGAACCCGCACAACGAGAAAUUGCUGAACACCCUACUGCGCCAGCAGCUGAAUCAAAACUUGCACUACGACACCAACUGGGAAUUUGCGGACUCGUUGAGCAAUAGCUACAGCAGUUUAUCGCUCAACUCCGCCGGUCUGACGGUGAUAAUCGACACGCCGCCGGUGCUGUCCAGCCCGGCGAGCAAUCAGACCAAGACCCAGAGCUCACCGCCGUCAAAUCUCAUCUCCUCCAAUACCGGUAGCUCGAAUCAGUGCACCCUCGGUGAGAACUCGGAGCGCGAACAAUUCCACCACACGCUGAUCACGCGCUCGGACUCGAUGGCCGACAGAAAUCGCAGACUGCAGAAUCUGUUGGGCAAUCUCAGCCUGAACCAGUAUCAGUCCGAGUCGAACAAUCGCAUGCCCGUGCUGAUGCUGCCCGCGCAUCAGGAGCCGGAUAUAAACACUAGCCUCUCGUGGAAUCGCUUCGUCGACGGUCUCGACGGCUCGGACACGAAGCCGAAGCAGACCAGGCAUUACUACAAGUGGAAGAUCGGUAAACUGCCACACGUGAAAGUGCGUUUCGACCGUCUCGCCCUGCUGGCUCUGCUCGAUCGUAACCUGGGCGUGUUCGAAACCAUCAUCUCCACUCUUCUGGCGGGUACGGUCGCGGGGCUGGGCCUGCUGCUGCUCCAGCAGGGCUUCUACCGCGACAUCUUCGCGUUCAUAUUCUGUUUCGUCACGGCCGGCUGCCAGUACUCACUGCUCAAGUCCGUUCAGCCGGACGCCGCGUCGCCGACGCACGGCUUCAAUCGCAUCAUCGUGUUCUCCAGAUCGGUUUACUACAUCCUGUGCUCGGGCUUGAUUCUGAUCCUCGACGAGGCGCUGAGGAACUUUAAGUCGACGGACUUUCGAGUGUACGGACUACGCGUAGCCGACUACGAUCUUAUACUGCAAGUGCGUAACAUCUUGCUGAUAUUCCUGCUGUGCUUCCCGAUUGUGUUCUCCCUAGGACUGUUCCCCCAGAUCAACACGUUUCUCAUGUACGUGUGCGAGCACCUGGACAUCCAUCUGUUCGGCGGUAACGCGACCACUAGCCUCGUCUCCUCGUUAUACUGCCUGUGUCGAAGCGUCGUCGCCGUCCUCAUUCUCUACGGAUUCGCAUACGGCGCGUUACUCGAGCCCAAGUCCACGCAGCACAUACUCUUCUCGAUAUUCGUCGGCCUGCUUGUCGCGAUAUCGUAUCACCUGAGCCGCUCGUCCUCCGACCCCACCGUGAUAUGGGACAUCCUCAAGGCGAAUCUCUGGCCGCCGGAGAUCGGCGACAGGUACACGGAGGAGAAGGAGGCGAAGAUCAUUGAGAACACGUCGUCGUCGUCGUCGCAGCAGCGCAGCGAGAACGUCGCCGUGAGCUACAAGGAGACCAAGAGCAAGACGUCUUCCGGCAGGAAGAAGGACGUCAAGAUCAAGGUGGACGAAGAGAUGUCGGACAUUGAGCUGGUGGACCCGCUACCUGAGAAACUCCGCUCUACCGUGAACGAUAGAUUGAAGAAUGAUCUAAUCGCGUGCGCGGUGAUUGGCACUCUGUCCUUCGGGCUUCAUCGUACGACGGUGUUCACCGCUCUGCAGUCGAGCGCUCUGAACACGCUGUUGUGGAGCAUCGCGAGCUUCUUGGGCUUCCUUCUGCACUACAUCGUGCCGCAGCUGCGUAAGCAGCUGCCGUGGCUGUGCCUGUCGAGGCCGGUGCUGCGCAGCCACGAGUACGCGCUCUUCGAAGUGCGCGAACCGGUGCGAAUCAUGUGGUUUGAGAAGCUCUACGUGUACCUGUGCUUCUUCGAGCGCAACUGUAUUUAUCCCAUCGUCUUCCUCGACGCGCUCACCGUGUGCUCGUCGAAGAUUGCCGACAAGUUCGGCGAGUGCCUGGGCGCGCUCAUCGUCACCGUGUGCGGCCUCAAGUCCCUCAGAUCGGCGUACUCGGAUCCGUCCACCCGCUACCUCGUCCUCAUGUUCGCGGUGCUUUUCUUCCAGCUAGACUUCAGCGAUUUGAGCGAGACCUUCCUGAUGGACUACUUCGUCACGGGUAUCGCGUUCGCCAAGAUUUACGAGUUGCUGCUGAAGAUCCGCUUCGUCGUCACGUACAUCGCGCCCUGGCAGAUCACUUGGGGCAGCGCGUUCCACGCGUUCGCCCAGCCGUUCUCCGUGCCGCACUCGGCGAUGCUGUUCCUCCAGGCCGGCAUCUCGGCGAUGCUCAGCACGCCUCUCAACCCGCUGCUAGGUAGCGCGAUCUUCAUCUCCUCCUACGUACGACCGGUCAAGUUCUGGGAGAGGGACUACAAGACCAGGCGGGUGGAUCACUCCAACACGCGGAUGUCCUCGCACCUCGAGCGCAACCUGGGCGCCGACGACAACAAUCUCAACUCGAUAUUUUACGAGCAGCUCACGCGCUCCCUUCAGCACAGCCUCUGCGGCGAUCUCACACUCGGCCGUUGGGGUAAUGUCGAGCAGGGCGAUUGCUUCCUGCUCGCGUCGGAUUACUUGAACUGUUUGGUUCACAUAGUCCAAUUGGGUAACGGAUUAGUCACCUUCCAACUGAGAGGUCUCGAGUUCCGGGGGACAUACUGCCAGCAGAGAGAGGUGGAAGCGAUCUCAGAGGGUAUCGAAGAAAACGACAACUGUUGCUGCUGCGAAAUGGGUCAUUUGUCAAACGUACUUAGCGUGAACGCGGCCUUCAGCCAACGCUGGUUAGCCUGGGAGAUCGCGAGCUCGAAAUACGUGCUCGAGGGCUACUCGAUUUCCGACAAUUCGGCCGGCUCGAUGCUGCAGGUGUUCGAAUUUCGUAAAGUGCUGGUUACUUACUACGUCAAGAGCAUGAUCUUUUAUGCCGUGAAGUCGCCCAAGCUGAAGCAGUGGCUGGAGAAUCCGGACAUCGUCGACGGCCUGAAGCCGACGACCGAGAAGAAUUUCGUUGAUCUCGAUCCCGUGUUCAACGUGAACAUCGACGAGGACUUUGACUUUCGGGCGAGCGGUAUUACGCGGUGCAGCUUUUGCAACGUUUACUUCGACUGGGUACAAUAUUGCGCUGGUAAACAAGAUAAGUUGGAUAAAUCGCGUGAUUCCUAUCUCGUGUCCCUGUGUUUCUCGUUGAGCUUAUUGGGAAGACGCGUGUUAGGUGCUGCGUCUCACAACACCUUGUCAGGCGUUGAAUUCUUUCUCUAUGGCCUACACGCGCUAUUCAAAGGAGACUUCCGGAUAACAUCAGGUCGCGACGAGUGGGUGCUGCACGAUGUCGAAUUACUGCGCGGCGUAGUCGCGAAGGGCAUAAAGAUGGCAUUGAAGCUGCACCAAGACCACUUUAUGAGCCCUGAGCAGUACGUCGAAUCGUCCGCGCUCUUCGAAGCUAUCGACAAUCACGAUCAGAAUCUCGUCAUAAGUCACGAGGCGGAUCCGCGUUGGAGGAACGCCGUCCUGAGCGGCGCCCCCAGUCUUUUGGCACUCAGGCACGUGCUAGACGACGGGAUAGACGAGUACAAGGUGAUAAUGCUUAACAAACGUUACUUAAGCUUCCGCGUGAUCAAGAUGAAUCGCGAGUGCGUCCGCGGGUUGUGGGCCGGCCAGCAGCAGGAGCUGGUCUACCUGAGAAACCGUAAUCCAGAGCGCGGCUCGAUCCAGAACGCCAAGCAGGCCCUACGGAACAUAAUCAACAGCUCGUGCGACCAGCCGAUCGGCUAUCCGAUCUACGUAUCACCGUUGACCACCAGUUACGCCGAGACCAACGAGCAAUUGUGCUCGGUAAUCGGGGGAGCGUGCACUUACGGCGCCCUGAAGAACAAAGUGCUGCAGCUGUGGAGAAGAAUACGGAGAAGGUGUGGUCAAGGUUGCUCCUCGGGUGGCACCGGCUCCCAAGACGACGGAGGUUUCGGCAAUGACGGAGUAUACGCGAUGACUACUUACAAUAUACACUCUGGCUACGCUCAGUCAGGCCACAACACGUCUGGUUCGCAAUCGAUAGAGUCCGGCUGUCAGAUUGGCGGUUCUACUGGCCGGGGUUCUCUCGGUCGUGCAAAUACGGGCUCUCUCGGUGGCAACAGAGGCUCGCUUGCCUCCGUCGGAAAGCCGACCAGUUCGACGCUCGCCAGUUUGGCCGGAUUGCUCAGUAACAGCGACAUCAAAACGGAAACCAAGAGCGAAACGAGCUUCUCUAGCAAGAUGGAGAAAGAGGAGGUCUAUCAGAGGGUUCGCAUCAUGGAUCCGAACCAAGUGUACGACGCGAUCAAUCUGGGUCGGCGCAUAGACGUGAUAUGGCCGGACGAGAGGAUGCGACAGCAGGGUGGCCGCUCCGGGUGGCAACACUGGGUCCCCGAAAGGGGCAUGGAGGGCUGCGUGGUUCAUCGGUGGUCGCCGAAUCAUCGUGAUCCGAAUCGACGCUCGCACGUCGACAAGGUCAUCUUGCUCGUGAAGAUCGAGGACAAGUACGUGCCGAUAGCCGAGCAGGGCGUGCGCGACUUGGGCGCGGAGGUUUAG